GUUUUAUUCGCUACCGGGAGAGUGUACGUAGUUUUAUCGUAGCCGUGGACCUCGGGUUGCCUUAUUUAUUGUGCCUUCGUCAUGAAACGCAGUGAAGGACAUAAGGACAAUCUCUGUGGCUGUGGGGGAGUUCUGAAGCCGAUAUCCAGAAGACUGUCAGCUUCGAACGCUCCGUUCAAAUCGGCGUUAGAGGCAUUCCAGCAUGUCCGGGACAACAUGGAGGAACUGAACGGCAGUGCUGGAGCCAAGGAGACGGACCUUCUGUUCCUGCGAACCUUGCUGGACAGUCCUGUGGUGAAGAGCCUGGUCCAGGUCCAAGAUCAACUUGAAGUGCCUCAUAAGCUUGCACCGGAUCCUGUGGGAAGCGGUAGUCUAAAUUUAGCAAAUGAAUUACAGAGAUCUUGCCAGAUAGUACAUAGUCAAGAAGCUCAGGAGCUAGAUAGGAUAUUCCACAAACCCCACUUUAAGGCUCUAUUAGAAACACAUGACACAAUAGCUGAAAAAAGUUACAACGGGCACGAAUCAAACAACAGAGUAAGAGAGAGCAGAAGCAACAGCAAACCAGAGAUGAAUACUCAACCUAUCAGGAUAGUUGGACUGCGAAAAAUACCUAAUGAACCUCUGGGAUUCACUGUGCAAGUGGAUGAAAACGGUAACCUGGUGGUAGCCAGAGUGCUGGCAGGUGGGGUCAUAGAGCGGCAAGGACUUCUUCAUCCUGGAGAUGUGAUACUGGAAGUCAACAGUGUAAACGUCAGCUCUCCUGAUGAGCUCCAGUUCGAGGUCAACAAAGCCAAAGAGAACGUCACACUCAGGAUAGCACCCAAUACUGACAACUUGCCAUCAUUGAAAACUCACCAGUGCUACAUGCGAGCGUUGUUUGACUAUGAACCGAAGGAUGACUCAUUGCUGCCUUGUCGAGAAAUCGGACUGCCAUUCAAGCACGGUGAUAUUCUACAAAUUGUGAACCAGAAGGACCCCAACUGGUGGCAGGCGAAGCUGGUAGGACAGGAUGGGCCAGCCGGGCUGAUACCUUCCCAGGAGCUGGAGGAGCGGAGGAAAGCUUUUGUCAAGCCCGAAGCCGACUAUGUACACAAGAUCAGCAUUUGUGGAACCAGGAUAUCGAAGAAGAAACGAAAGCAGAUGUACGAGUCGAAGUCCAACAGUGACUUUGACAAGGCUGAGCUGUUGUUGUACGAGGAAGUAACGAGGAUGCCACCCUUCAAGAGGAGGACUCUUGCUCUAAUUGGAACCCAUGGAGUCGGUAGACGGACACUCAAGAAUAGACUCAUCAACAGUGACCCGAACAAGUUUGGGGCUGUCAUUCCUAUGACUUCACGGCCUCAGAGAGAGUUGGAGGACAAUGGAGUCAACUACUGGUUCAGCGACAGAGAGAGCAUGGAGAGUGGGAUACGUGAACAUCAGUUUCUGGAGUAUGGAGAACACAACGGACAUCUCUACGGAACAACCUUGGAAUCAAUUCGGGACGUGAUCCAUCAGGGCAAGAUGUGCAUUUUGGACUGUGGACCUCCGGCCCUGAAGAUUCUUCACAAUUCAUCAGAAUUCAUGCCCUAUGUUAUUUUCAUCGCAGCGCCUGGCCUAGAGCUGUUGAAACAGUUGUACAACUUCAAUCGUUCCACUGGCACGUCUUCCCGCAACCUCACUUUUGAUAGGCAGAGCUCCAUCAGGUACAGCUCGCGUCGUGCCCGUACCCUCGAGUCUCUGGCCUCUCUGUACGAGGAGGAUGACCUGCGCCGCACGGUGGAGGACAGCUGCUCGUUGCAGCGCGCGUACGAGAAGUACAUUGAUCUGGUGAUUGUCAACGAGGACUUUGACGAGACAUUCCGCCGCGUUGUGGAGGCCUUGGACGCUCUUAGCACCGAGCACCAGUGGGUCCCUGUCAACUGGGUUUACUGAUACAACGGGUAGUGCUACCCACUCACCAUCACUGCCGCACUGUAUAUAUAUCAGCUGCGUAGGCUUGCGUAACUUAGUAUUCACCUUUUGUAAGAACAAACUAUACACGUACAGUAUAUUUCUAGAAACAAAGUCUUGACUGUGAAUUUUCGCUAUUAUUGUUAUAUUUUGAGAGGGAAUAGUGCAGUAAAAAUGGAAUACCUCUGUUUGAGUUUGAACUAAAGGCUUUUUGAAUCUGCUUUGGAAGUUGAAAAAUGUAUUUUUUAAGAAUAUGCCUUACAAAGAUUUUGUAUUUUAAGGAAUGUAAAUGAUUAUACGAUGAAUACAAUAAUUAUGUAUAGGGGAUAAACUGUCACAAGCACAAAAAUAUGUAUAAUUGAGAAGUUCAAAUUUAUUUUUAAUUGUUAAACAAUGAGUAAUAGACCAAAUAAAUGGGAGAAAAUUGUCCAAGCUCAAUAAAAGACCAAAGGCAGCAAAUCCAAUUUAAUUAUAAUGUAAUAGCAAUUUUAAAAUAUUCUGUACCAGGUUAAUUCACUAGACCAGUCUUUCUGUAUUCCCAUAUUUGAAGUAUUAGAGAAUAUUAUUUACAGUUUGUCUCUAGUGAAUAUUAUUAGCCCUUUGAUGUGGUUGUUUUAGUGUGUACGGACACCCCAUGAAAGGACUUUUUUUAUAAAUCUAGCACACAAGGUUUAGUAAAGACUCUUAGCUAAUUUUGGUCAGAUCUUCAUGAUUGUUUCACCAAAAGACUCGUAAUGAAACUUACAACAAAUCUAUAAUAAAGUCUUUAUUAAAUAUCUUUUUGCUAGCUUAAAACUCUUUAUAACUUGUUUAAAAUUUAUCUUUUGUGAUCCAGGGGUCUUUUUUUCUUUUCCUAACUGUCAUUUUUACAACUUACAGCUGUAAGUAACAGCACAUUCUCAGCCACUUUCUAAAGAACAGCAGUUUCACUUAUGUAAAAUGUCAAAAACCAUGUCCCGGUGAAGUCUUGCAUCUGUUUAUUCACUCCACCAUAACUGCAAUAAGCUUAAAGAAACCUGUUUAGUAUUGUCAAUACUCACCAGGAUAAAACAACUAGAAAAAAAAUAGAAAAAUGUGUUUCUGAUUUUGUCUACAACAAUCUCGUUAUGCUUUGAGAUUGUAUCACAUAAAGGGCUGAUGACCCAUGUUAUAUGGCCAUUAAGCAUCAAACCACAUCAAGGGGUUUAUUUUAAAUUAUUCAGUAAUAAAAUGAAACUAAAUUUACUAAGAGGUUUACUGUUCACUAGCAUAUUUUAGUGAACUUGAUUGUUUUUAGUAUUUAAUUUCAAUUAAAGUACAUAGUUGUAUGAAAUGUAUUUAUUUAACUUUUGUCGUUAUUUCAAUAAUUUGUGAAAUAAUGUGAAUAUUUGUAAGUUGAUUUAAUUUUUUUUAAUUCUUUUGGCUCCUUAUUACCUUUUAUGUUUGAAUCUCAGUAUUUUGCUUUGAAUGAUUUUGCUAUUUUUAAUUUAGAAUGUAGUUUUGUUAUAUAAUUAAGAUUAUUAGUAUUAUAUAAAUUACUAACUGUAAUUUUACAUAACAUAGACAUAUAGUUGAAUGUUCAUAGAUCUAAAUCAUAAUUUUUGUUUUUAGUAUUUUUUAGAAGUUUUAUUAAUGUUUGAGUUAAUUGUUCCGUCCAUUAUAACAGCUGUGUAUUAUAUUAGCUGUGAAAGAAUAGUUUUUUACUGACUAUCAGUAUCUAAGUGGUAUUAAAUAUUUAACUUUGAGCUGUGUACAAUGUACGUUAUUAUUGAAAAAGUAAUUGUGCUCUACUAGACUCAUUUAAAACUCGCACGUUAAGUUCAAACUUUUAAAAGACGUCAACAUUGCUUACAUUAUUAUUAGCUGAGCGUUAGCGAAUUUAUUUUAAAAUUUUAUUUCUCUCUGUCUGUAUACCUGUCUUGCUGUUUAGACAAUAUUGUAAAAAGAAACCAACCAAUAAAUUGAAAUUUUGUAUGAAGAUUUUACAAAAUUUGCAACACCAAGUUUGAUGCUGUGUUGACACUCCAUAAGAUUUGGCUGAACGUUAGCGAAUAUUUUUACAUUUGUCUUAUGGAUCACUAUGAUGGCAACAAGAAAAAGCAGAAAUUGGUAAAAAAACUGAAUAUAAUUAUUUUAGAUUCAACAUGUGACUUUUAUUCAUAGAAUAAAGAGAAAAAAGUGGAAAGUCAAAAGUUGCAACAUAGUGACAAGAUUUUAUUUCAGCUCACUCUUGCGUUGUAGUACCUUCCUUAGCUCACCGGAACUUUAUUAUUUGAACAAUGCUAUGAAACCUAAUUUAACGAACAAAAAUGGGAAUGCAUUAUGUGGCAUGAUAUCUCGAGAAAGAUUUCAUCUGUCAACUUGAAAUUUUGUGUGAAACUUCCUUUAUAGAUGCACAAGACUGUAUUUUAUGAUAGUGUUUGUUCAACCAAGGAAUUGGGGCGAGUGUCAUUAUAACAUCACUCAGUCGAUUGAUUCAAUUUCUUUUUUGUCUGCUGGAGCAUGUAAAAUAUUCUUUUCUGUUAAUGCCUACAGGCAGGACAGGUCACCUUAUCUGUAUGCAGAACAUCUUGAGAAUGAAAUGAACUAUUUUGCAUGAAAUCUCAGUGAAGCCUGUUACACUUGGUGUGACUUACUUUUAACUUGUUUAUUGUAAACAGGCCCCGAAUGAUGUGGUGUUAAUUCUUCCAUGUGUCUUGCAGCCAUUGGGAUUAUUUCCAGAAACAGUCGCAAGAGGGAAUUAACAUCCCUUUUGAACUUUCUGAGUUCCAUGGAUUUAUUUUUACGUGCAUACCUUUGACAGUUUAAUUAAAUGAGUUUAGUACACAUUAAUCGUUAACGUAUGUGAACUUGUGUAAUAGAGAAUGAUGUAGUAAGUUUAAUUUUUAACUGUAGUUUUUAAUUUAAUCUGAAGAAGUAAGUCUUCAUAAUUUCUUAUUGAAUUUGUUACUAAAUGAAACAUAAUGUGUUUGUAUAUCUUAAGUACUGACUUAAGAUCCUGAAAAUAAGGUUAUUUACCAAAGUUAAGAUAUGACUACUUAGUGCAUUGUACAAAACUAGUAAUGAGUUUUGAUGUAAUCAUUUGUUCCGUCCAACCGAAUCUAUAACUUAGCAUUAUUAUUAAAAUAUAUAUGCUUAUUUUUAGAACUUUUAUUGAAGCCAGAUUAUUUAUUGUUUUUUAUUUUGUAUUAAAGCACUUAUCACAUUAAAAA